AAGGAGAAAAGGAGCAUGUCAGUGUGCUUUUAAGAUUCCCUCCUUUUUCAUGUUCCUGCUCACACAUCCUCAGCUUGCAAUGCGUGAAUGAUGUCUGCUCCGAGACUUAUUAGAAGAAUGCUGACACCAAGGAUAACUCUAGCAGCUUUUGUGCUCUUUAUUCCAGCCUCUCAAUGUUCAAUAGCACUGCCAAAUGAUUCUUCAUUUACUCUUACUAAUAAGGCCACUGGAUUUUGUUUGGUCAAAAAAACCACCCGCUGCCUUGAUGUGCGCUGGACAAUUGGUAACCGCCUUUUUGUAACCUCGACCAAAAAGUGCCUCGGGGCCCAGGGUAUGAGCACGGGCAGUGAAGUCAGCCAAUAUGAUUGCGACGACAAAAGCAACCUCCAGAAGUGGGAAUGCAGGAAUGAAACACUUAUUGCCCUCAAAGACCAGCCGUUCUACAUAGAAGCCAAAACUGAUGGAACCAUUGUGCUUUCUAAAACUGUUGGGCCAAACAGCCAGUUCACAAUUACGGGGACAUCCAGCGGUGCCUGUUCAAGAACACACAGAGAGCUUUACACCAUCGGUGGAAAUGCAAAUGGAAAGAUCUGCAUGUUUCCCUUCAUGUACAAAGAUCGCUGGUUUGGAGAUUGCACCACUUUCGAUGCCUCGACCAAGCGCCUGUGGUGUGCAGUUGAAACCAAAUAUGAGCAUGAACUGUGGGGAUACUGCCCGUCUUCUUCCACAGAACACUGGAGCAAAAACUUUGUGACGGGAGCAUAUUACCAGCUGAACCCACAGUCGGUCCUGACGUGGGCUCAGGCCGACACCAGCUGCCGGCAGCAGGCCGCCUCCCUGGUCAGCAUCAUCGAUCCCAACGAGCAGGCGGUCAUCUCAGCAUUAUUGGGCUCUGGCAGAAAAAAACUUUGGAUCGGGCUGGUUCUGGAUCAAGAACAUGGCUGGAAGUGGACUAAUGGGAAGCCUUUCCGCUAUCUGAGAUGGGGAGAAGGAUAUCCCCAACCUAACCCGGGACACAACUGUGCCCUUCUGGACUCUUGGGGCCAGCAUUCAUGGCAGAGUUCAUCCUGUGCCAAGAGAAUGGGCUACAUCUGCAGCAAAGGCGGCACUCCACCAACUCCUCCCCAAAUUGAACAGGGAUUUUGUUCAAACCCAUGGAUUCCUUACAAUGGCCACUGUUUCCACCUUCGGCGCACUCCUAAGACAUGGACUGAUGCUCAGAACGAGUGCCGCAAGGAAGAAGGGGACCUCGUGAGCAUGCGCAAUUUGGAGGAUCAAAGCUUUGUCAUCUCUCAACUUGGAUAUGCGUCCAAUGAUGAGCUUUGGAUUGGACUGAAUGACCGGCAAACAGAAGGAUUGUUUGACUGGAGCGACCACUCUACAGUCAGCUUCACCAGCUGGGAGUUUGGCAAACCAGGUGUUUCCGCUGAGGGAGAGGACUGUGUCAUCCUCAGAGGGGAGAAUGGGAACUGGGCUGACAGCCCAUGCGAUCAGAAACACGGAUUUAUUUGUAUGAAGCAGAGUUCCACUGAAAGAACCACUGAUGAAGUGGAGAUGGAUGUUGGCUGCAAAGCUGGUUGGAAAAGACAUGGGUCUUAUUGCUACUUUAUAGGAACUGAGACGAAGACUUUUGAUGAAGCCAAAGAUGACUGCAAAAAUUCAGAUUCCUACUUAGUUGAUGUAUCCAAUGGGGUGGAUAAUGCCUUCCUCGUGAGUCUGGUGGGACUGAGACCAGAGAAAUUCUUCUGGCUUGGGCUGUCAAAUCAGAUUAACAUUGACGUUUUUUCAUGGACUAAUGGAGAAUUUGUGAGAUUUACUCACUGGAACGCUGGGAUGCCAGGUCACCGACAAGGCUGUGUUGCCAUGGGAACUGGAGUUUCAGCUGGACUCUGGGAUGUGCUGCCCUGCACCAAUAAAGAGAAAUACAUCUGCAAGCACCUGGCUGAAGGGGCAGUGUCAACAGAUCCUCCCCCGACUCAAACUCCCCCCCAGUGCGCAGAUGGCUGGAAUCGAGUGGGAACGAGAAAUGUCUGCUCUAAGUUUUUCACAGGGCCUCGUUCGGCCGAGAAGACCUGGUUCGAAGCCAGAGAUUACUGCAGAGCCAUCGGAGGAGAUUUGUUGAGCAUCCACAGUGCCACUGAGCAGAUGGUGGCGCGAGGUGGAAAAGCUUGGAUUGGACUUCAUGUUGAUGAUCCAAAUGCGGGUUAUGUAUGGAGUGAUGGAAGCCCGCUAAAUUUUCAGCACUGGCAGGAAGGGGAACCAAACAAUUACAAUAACGCAGAGACUUGUGUUGAAUAUGUAAUUCAUAGCUGGGGUGAGCAAGGCUCGUGGAACGAUCUCAACUGUGAAAGUUACAACGACUGGCUGUGUCAGAUUCGUGCAGGAGUAACUCCAAAGCCACCUCCCAACAAUACAGCAGUCGACUUCAAUGUAACUCAAGAUGGUUGGCUUGAGUGGAGAGGAAAACAGUAUUUUAUCAACAGAAUGUCUAAGUCCAUGGAGGAGGCUCGUCACUUCUGUCAUGCGCGGCACAGUGAAUUAGCAACAAUCAACAGCAAAGAUGAAAACACUUUCAUUUGGAAACAGAUAUCCAGAAGCUACGGGGCGUUUUAUAUAGGUUUGUACGUGGAACUCGAUGGAUCAUUUUGGUGGAUGGAUGGCACCCCUGUUUCAUUUCAACGGUGGGAUGAAAAUCAGCCGAGUUCUAAUGUCUUUGAUGAGAACUGUGUUUCCAUGACCUAUCACAUGGGUUUCUGGCACACUUCUAACUGUGGAAAAGAAGUUCAGUCCAUCUGUAAGCGGUCAUCCUCACCAGUUGUGAACACCACCGCAGCUCCAACAGUUGCUCCCAAAGGCGGCUGCGUACCCCCGUGGACUAAGUUUGGCAAAAAGUGUUACUUAAUAAGUGAACGAAAGACAACCUGGGAAGAAGCGCGGGCUCAGUGCAUCACAAUGAGAGGAAACUUAGCCUCUAUCCCCAAAAGACAAGUUCAAGCAUUUUUUACCACAAAAAUGGCAGAUUUAUCAACCACAAACCUGUGGAUUGGUUUGAAUAGUAUAAGACAGGAUGGAUUUUACUGGACUGAUGGAGCAAAAAGGGACUACACCAACUGGGGUUAUUCUAAAAAUCAACGUCGCCCAGGAACAUUUUAUCAAAGAUGGGACGAGAGUGAGUGUGUGCUGAUGAACACCAAUACAGCUUUUGGGUUCGGUAAAUGGUGGAUAAGAUCUUGCAAUGACACCAACGGCUUCAUCUGUCAGAGGAGUCUGGACCCAUCUAUCCCGGAUCAACAAAGUCCAAUAGAUCCUUUGAUCUAUGUACGUUUGGGAAAUGACAGCAUCAAGGCUGUGACUCAAAAUCUGACCUGGGAUGAAGCCCAGAAACACUGUAAUGGUGACAAGGCCAACCUGGCCAGCCUAAGAAAUGAGUGGACGCACGCACAUGUUGAGCUGCUGGCUCUCAAUCUAAAAGCUCCUCUGUGGAUUGGACUUAACAAGCAGAAGACUGACGGUUAUUUUAAGUAUGUUGACGGCUGGCACAUGAGCUCUGCUCACUGGGCUCCGCUUGAACCGAGCAGCGACAGACCUUGUGUGUACAUAGAUGUGGACGGAAAAUGGAGGACCGCGCUCUGCAACCAGACCAUGUACAGCGUUUGUUUGCAGUCGACAGAUUUACCUCCACCUGAGUCGACCUCGUUCCCCGGACGCUGCCCCGAGGAUACUAACGUGGAGUAUCAGGAGAGUUACACCUGGGUGCCCUACAGGGGCCACUGCUAUUUGUUUAUCACAGAUGAGAUUGAAUGGGCAGAUGCAGCAAGCAGCUGUGUUAGGCAUGGUGGACUCCUGGCAAGUAUUGAAGAUCUUUUGGAGCAAGAGUUCAUUAAAAGAAAUAUAGAAAUGUUUCAAGACAGCCACACUUCUUUCUGGAUCGGCCUGUUUAAAACAUACAAAGGGAAUUGGCUGUGGUUGGAUAAAACAGUCAUGGACUACAGCAACUGGGCUCCAGAGGAGCCAGAUUCUGACUAUGGAGCCAUUCAAACCUCAGAUGGGAUGUGGAAUUCAGGCCGCAGAUGGCACGACCGAUCCUACAUUUGUAAAACACGCAAAGUGUUGAUCACAGACUCAGAGCCAAAAACUGACCGACAUGUGGAUCCAGAACGUGGCAGCCGGGCUCACACGAGUUUGAUUGUUGUGCUGCUCAUCACCAUCAUUUCCACGCUGAUAGCCAUUGCGUUCUUCCUCUACAAGAGGUCACCUCGCCUCAUUCCCACCUUUGAAAAUCCACUCUACUUUAACAGUGAACCAACUCAGCCUGAUGUGGUAGACACCAACAAACUGAUAGAGAAUGCAGAAACUCCUGAACCCAUUCUAACUCUCUGAGAAUUAGUAUCCCAAACUCAUUUACUACAUUCUGAUGCUUUUUUUUCUGUUCUUUUUUGUUUUUCACUGCAUACGGUACAUAUUCGGUUAUUUAACUGUAUAUCAUUAACUUUGAGUUUCGGUGGUGUUGGAAAUGUAUAACCUCAUGAGAGAGAACAAUUUUCGGUUUUAGUAUGUCUCAGUGCAUUUUUAAAAAAAGUUUUAACCAGAGAAUGAAUGUAAAUAACAGUUACAUGUGGUGCUCAUAUCCAAGAUGCUGGUCAUUGCUUGUACUCUUGAAUUGCGUAAAACCUCACCACUUGUCACUGUAAAAUAAAUAUUAAACCUCACACGUGACACCG